UCGACGAACUCUUCCGGGUCUCAAUUCUGUAUACGUCAAUGAAUGGGGACAUUGGUAAAGCCACUGCAGUGAAAGAAUACAUCUAGCAUUUGUCAGCCGAUUCCUCAACAUUCUCAUGGAGGAUUGAUUACUGAAUUGACUGCUUCCUACUUUUACCGAUCUUUUUGACACCGUUUUCCUUUUGUUGUGAUCAUCAUGGUUGUCGAUCUGUAUGAACCUCAGACCCUGGCCCUGGUUGUGUUUGGGGGCUUUGUGGCACUCUCCUUUGUGGUCUAUCUUUUCUCCGCCUUUGGAAUCCAGGAGAAAUCUUAUGAGCAAGCUGUUGCUGAGCAACGGGCUCGACUAGAGAAGGAGCAGGUACAGCAGAGAGAAGGCAAGCGUCAGAAGCGCAAGCAGUUCUUUGAGAAAAAGAAACGCGAGCGGGAAAAGCAUGAUAGCUCUCCAGGAAUUCUACGUCAGGAAGUGGCACAGGCCAUUGAUCCUUAUGUAGAAGAAGUGGAACAGGCACCUCCAUCUCCACCACCUGUGAAGGAAGAGAAGGUAAAGCCAGCCAAGAAACCUAAGCAACCUAAGCCUCCCAAGCAGGCACCGGUUGAAGAGAUCAUCUUUGAGGCCAAGCCUGCACCAGUUCAGGAAACUGUCGCUCCUCCAAAGGAGACUCAUACGACCAAGAGCAAGCCACCAAAGGUUGUAGAGGAGCAGGUACAGAAGAGGGAAGCACCAGUAGUACAUGCUGCUGCACCACCCCAAGCUUCUCCUGCUAAGACCAAGACUAAGACUAGGACUGCUGCUGGAGAUGGAGAGCCUCCAGCCCUACGUGGGAAGCCCCUGAUCUCUGCAGUCAAGAGUGCCCCCUUGAAGGAUGCUGAGAUCCAACAACUGAUCGAGAUUCUCCUCAACCGUCAAGGAGGUUCUGCAUCAGCUGAUGACUGGGUCAAGGCUAACCAGAGGAGUGAUCCCGUUUCUGCUCUCAAGAAACAGCUACAGGAGAAAGAACAGGCUCUUCACAAUGAGAUGCUACUUGCCCAGGCUGCCUCCCAGAAGGUGAAGGAACUACGUCAUGAGUUGAACCAUCAGAAGGAACAUUCAGGCAGUGUAGAGGCACAGUAUAAGAUGAAGCUCGAGAGCCAAGCUCGUGAGGUUGAAGCUUUCCAUGCCCGUAUGCAGCAGAGCCACGAGUCCCACACCCAUGACACCCAAGCCCUCCAGGCUCGUAUCAAGCAGCUCCAGUCCAUGUUAGAUGAAUCCAAGGUAGACGUGGUCAACCAGCUAAGGGAAGAGAACAACAGACUCAAGACAGAGGCAGGACAUGCUUCUUCACAGAAGGAGCAGCUGAUGGGUCAAGAGCUUGCCCGUCUUCAGACUGAGCUUCAGAAGGUUCAGAGUAAACUCACAUCUACAGAGGGUCAGCUGAGACAAGGAGAAGAGGUCCGUAGAACACUGGAAACACAGAAUAACCAGUUCAAACAACAAAGGAGUAGUGAACAGCGCGAGGGUGAGGCAGCUAUGUCUAAGAGAUUGGCUGAAGUCAGUGAGGGACUAAGGAAAGAGGAAGCUCGUAACCAAUCCCUUGCUCAAGCCAUGGAGGCUGCUAAGGGAGAGACAGACAACUUCAAAGGACAGGUCUCAGAACUACGUCGUUUGGAUGGAGAUAGGAACACCACCUUACAGGCAAUUCAAGCAAAAUUGAAGGACUCAGAAUGUCAGUGUCAGAAUCUAGAAGGUAAAGUAAGAACUGUCGAGAGCCAGCUAGCAGAGAAGGAACAGCAGAAAUCAAAGGCAGUACAAGAAGUAGAGACUCUCCGAAAGGAAAAAGAUUCCCUCCAAGAAAUGCUAAGGACUCAAGAAAAGAGGUCAGAAGCCGAAGGUCAAGAGGCUCCGCCCACUGCCAAUGGCGAUGUCACUCAAACAGAUUCUGCUCCCAAAGAGCCUUCCAUCCUUCUCAAGGAGCACAAUGUUAUGUUAGCUGAUAAGACGAAAGCAAUAGAGGGAUUAGAGGAGCAAUUGAAUUCCAGUAAAACAGAGCUCUCAACACUGCAGGCAGUCAUUGAGCAGUCGAAGCAGAGAAAUAAUAACCUUCGGGAGAAAAAUCGGAAACUAAUGGACGUGGUUUCGGCAGCCGAGAAAUCUAGGGCAGAAAAUGCUGGACAGACAUCUGAGACAUUAAAGGACGAGAUUCAAGCUGCCAUUGUUAAAGAGCAGAGUUCUGUGAAGACAGUGCUAGAGAAGUUAUUCCCAUCUGUUAGUUUAGGAACCUCACAGGAUAACAAGAACUGGUUAAACAAAUUUGAAGAGGACGCAAGCAAAGUACUUAGCAGUAAAUCUUCCUCAAAUUCACAGGUUGAGGAAUAUGUACUAAAGGUGAAUACAUUAGAGGCAGAGAAAGAACAAUUAUCAUCACAAUGCCAGCAUUACCAGUCCGUGUUAGCAGAUACGGAGGGUAUGGUGAACAAGCUCCAGCAGAGUGUGGAGAGCGAGGAGGAGCGCUUUGAGGGUCGGAUCCAUGCCCUGGAGGCGGAGAAGGAGCAACUCACCAGAGAGCUCCAAGGUCAAGGAGCUGCUGUCUCAAGAGGAGGCCAGGAGGCAUUGAAGAGAUUAGAAAAGAAGAACAAAGAGUUAUCGGAUCAGAACGAGGAGCUGGGAAGGAGGGUAGAGUCUGCAGAGGAGAGGCUAGAUUCAGCGGAGGCUCGAUUGAGAGAUAGAAUCGGAGAGAUGGAGAAGGAGAAAGUUCAACUCACAGCACAGUGCCAUCACUACCAAGUAGUAUUGAGAGAAACAGAGUCCAUUCUAAACAAACUUCAGAGUAGUGUAGAGUCUGAAGAGAUUAACUGGGAAGAGAAGCUAAAUCAAACUGAAUCUAAUCUAGGACAGGCUAAAUCUGAAGUAAACUCAUUACAAGAAGAAUUGGCUUCGUUGUCUUCAACGCAAUCACAGCUUGCUGAACGGUAUGAAAUACCAUACAUGAAAACCACUGAAAAUUCAAGGUUAGCAUCCGAUCUUGAAGAGGCCCAGACCACGAUAGAAACACUGAGACGGGACCAAGAGUCAGCGGCAUCAAGCUACGAAACAACGAGCCACGAGCUGGAAGCACUGAAAGCACAGCUUCAUCAGUUGAAAGAACAGCUUGAAGCAGCCAACCAGAGGGUAGAACAGAGUCAUGACAAAGAGGAGAAAAUUGAGGAGACCAAGAAUAAACUGUCUUCAUCUGAAGCCGAAGUAAAGAGAGUAUCUGCUGAACUAGAGCAAGCCAAGGCUAGUCUAGCUGACCUCCAGUCCAAGGUCGCAUCCUCAGAGAGCCAAGGAGAAGGGGUCAGUGCACUCCAGAAGCAGCUGGCUGAAGCCAAGAGCAGAUCAGAGGCUGCAGAGAAGGAGGUGAGCUCCUUGAAGGAGGCAGCAGCUGCAGCUCCAGCUGGAGGAGAUGAUGGAGCCAAGGAGAAGCUGGCCAAGGCUGAGGAGAAGGCUGCUGCCCAACAGAAGGAACUCACAACUUUAAAUGAGAGUCUCAAGAAAGAGAAGUCCUUGACCCAGGAUCUAGGCAAGGCAGCUGCUAAGCUACAGGUCAUGUUAAAGAAGACUCAGACAGCCCUCAACACGGAGAAAGAAACGGUUGCUAAGCUCAAGAUGCAGAAUGGUGCAGCCAAAGAAGUGUCCAAACAGGCCGAAGGCAGUACUUCAUUGACAGAAAGCCAAGUAGAAUUGCAACUAGCAGAUGCAGCAAAUGAGGAGACGAAGCAAGCCGAUGGUACAGGUGUAUAGUUGACCCAGUAUUCCCGCACGCCAUGUUGAUACAGCACCAGCCCCCUCAACAAACGAUACAAUGCAACUCAUAUACACAACAGCCAAAACCUUGUUGAUUUGUAGAUACUACUGCAUGCAUGCUUGACACAUAUCAAUUGUAGGGAUAGUUUAUUAUGAUACUGUACUUAUAUGUAGUAUACGGGCCAGAUUUAGGCACUCUGAAAAUAUGGAAUAUCAUGUUUCUGGAGACGAUGGUCUUUGGAAGAAUAUAUAUGAUGGACUUGGAAGGAAAGUGACAUGUGAUUGAGAGAUGCUAAACUGUUUUCAUUUUGUCCUAGCCUGUAUAUGUGUUAAUUCAAAAUAAUAUCCCAGAGAUGACUAAAGAGACAUUGAAAAAGAAAGGUCAAAUUUUAAAGUCAGUUUAGAUUAUAGAAACAAGUUUUGAUGAUUUCUUUUAUUUUUUUUCUCUCUUAUCACCGAUCAAUUCCAGAAUAUAUAUCCAGACAUGAAAGAAAAUUGUAGCAUUUUAUUUUAUUCGUAUUAGUUUCAAAUUUGUGACUUUUUUUUCUUUUAACAUGUCACAAUUUGUGAAUUAAAAUGAUUCUGUUUUCAUUGCAUCCAAUGAGCUUCCACCUAAGUUUCAUUGAAGAAACGACAACUUAUCGUGCACUUCCCAACGCACUGACCAGAACCUAACCGUACAUUGAUAGGAAUUUGAUUUUGUUCAUAUCAACUAGUAGAUCUCACAUAUUCUAAAAGAAAUGAAUUGAUGGCAAAAUUAUAUGUCUUUAAAUGAAUUACACCAAAAAA